AUGCCAAUCCACAAGAUCAACGACGUGGUAAUCCCAACUCUGAUUCAUUACCUGUCCAAAUGCAAUCCCCGUCUUUGUUCGUCCGAGAGUGGUGAUCCCUCUCCACUUCAGGAGACGUAUGAUAAAAUUGACGGAGAUCUUUCCGACAUCAAAACAACCCUUGAAAGACUCAAAGAAUGGGAAGACCGCCUCAACGCUCUUACCAAAAAGUUGAUGCUCUACGAUUGGGAAGCUCUCUGCAGUGAAGAAACAAACUCUGUUGAAGAAAUUCCUAAAGUCCAUGAGAUGGUAUCGGGAUUGAAAUCCCACAUUUCUCUGCCUCUUGAAACCUCUUUAGCUCCUAAAUCUUCCGACAAUUCUCACCUUCCCAUAUCCGAAAAUGCAGCCUCGAUUCUAAAAUGCAGUGAAAAUUUCCCAGAGACUGAAGCCUUUGUCAAAUUUAAAAAACGUUAUGAUGACCUCGAAUCCCAACAGCAACGGAGCUUGUUGUAUUUCUCAUUUUUCCCGGAAAAUUCUCUGAUCAGGAAAAAGGUCCCCACUUACUUGUGGAUGGGAGAGGAAUUCCUCCAAUCCACUGCUGCAGGAGAUUGGGAGGUGAUUGCCGAUCCGUUGUUUGAACAGCUAAUUGCCAAGGGAUUCGUUGAGCCCGUCGAAGAAAAGGGCAAAGGAGACUUCAAUGUAUGCUCGGUAAAGCCAGAUAUUCGAUCAGCUUUGCUCAAAAUAGCUCAUGCUAGGGGCUUCUUCGAUUCAGAAGGCAACCCCACUGCCAGUUCUCUCAGUGCAUGGUUGGAGAAAACCAAAGAAGGGUCAUUACAACAUCUAUCCAAGUUCUCAAAUCACGACAAGCUCCAGACUUUAUUCAAUAUCAACGAGAAUUGCCUCGACUUCCCGAGCCGCUGGUUAUCAAAGACGAAGAACAUCGUAGUGAUUCAUCUGGGAAAUUGGAGCAGUAGUUCCACAGACAACUACAUUGAAGUAGAGUGUUUGAGCCUCAAUGGGAUCUGUGGAAUCACACAACUUCCAGAUUCCAUUUCCAAAUUAGACCAUCUCAACAUAUUGGACCUGAAAUGUUGCCGGGAUUUGGAGAAGUUGCCCAAGGAGAUAGGUUUGCUCAAAAAGCUAACGCACUUGGACGUGUCCGGCUGUUACCUGUUGGACGAAAUGCCCACGGGACUUGCAUCACUUUUGGAGCUCCGAGUUCUCAAGGGAUUCAUUGUUGGUCGAUCAAGGAAAGGCACUAAGCAGUGCACACUUGGUGAUUUGGUGAAAUUGGAGAAGUUGAGGAAACUCAGCCUCUAUGCUUACAAAGAGACCACUGGAGAAAAUGGAGAGCUAAACUGCUUAUCAGAGUUUCGAUCAUUGCGAAUAUUAGCAAUAUCGUGGAUUGCACCAAUUCCUGAUCCCCAAUCGAAGCCAAUCAAUAAGCUCAACGGCACGAGUGUGGCGUCCCCAUCACUUCCUGCUAGCUUAGAGAAAUUAGACUUGAGGUGUUGGCCUUUGUCGUCGAUGCCCAGUUGGAUAAAGCCAAGUGAACUCAACAGCUUGAAGAAACUCUACAUCAGGGGAGGAAAGCUUUCGCGGAUGCAGAUUAUACAAGCAGAGGUGUCAAAGUCAGCAGACUCACCACCAUGGAUGGUCAAGAUUUUACGUCUCAAGUUCUUGAGAGAACUGAGGAUGGAUUGGGAAGAAGUGGGUACAUUAUUUCCAAGCUUGGUGUACUUGGAGAAAGUGGAUUGCCCUCAGCUCUCGUCCUUUCGCUUUGAGGGAAACGUACCAUGGUUAGGAGUUAGGUCGGUUUUCAGAGCAACUGACGAGAGUACGUACCUCGAUCCAGAGCUUCAAAUCUCCGAAUUGUGCCUUUUUAAACUACCUAUUUUCCAAACGAAUGUUGUUGAAGUUGGGUUUUUUGUCCGGAUCGAGAUACACCUUAAAGCUUUAAGUCGCGCCAUGGUAACUAAUGCGGCUCAUGUUUUACUUGUAUAUAUAGCUGAAGUCGUGGUCACAAACAUGCAUGUGUGUGAUAUCAAUGCUAUUAAUUACUUGGGCAACAACGGUCGAAGCCCUCACUCUGAUGCUUAA